UUUUCGUUUGGAAUUUGAACUGUGAACAAAUCAGUAAAUAUCAGAGCCAAAUAUGCAGCAUCACACGUUUUUUGCCUUGUUUUGUGCAGUAAGCGUGGGGAUGAAUGACUUCGUUGCUGGCGUCCCUUUCCGUCCCAGACCACGCUUAUCUCUGGAAGCGAUUAAACAGCUCUCAUCAAUGACUAACAGUCAACAAAAUUUAUUUGAAUUGGAAACUUUGGGAGAACCAAAGGAAGCAAUUGCCCCCCUAGACUAUUUCGCUGAUCUAAUUUGGUACAUUUUGGGACUGACGGUGGGAGCCUUUUUUAACCUUAUAAACUAUAACUUGCUCCAAACCACAAAUACCAUCAAUAAUGGAAAGGCUCGUUUGGAAGAUACUCUCCCAGAUGUGGACGCGGAUGUUAGAACAGAGUUACAGCAAAUUUCUGAUAAUGCGUUAUCCGGGGCUGUGUCACUGAUUGGAGAGCUUCUCUAUAAAUUGGGUCGCGUCCUCCCCUCCCUGACAUCCACUGUUUCAAUUACGCUCCCUGGAAGAAUGGAUCCCAAUGAUAUAAUUAUGGCAAUAUUGGGAAUAUCAUUGGAACAAUUUCUGCAAGAAUUGACUAACCUCAUUGAGCGGUCGGACACUCUUCUGAACAAUACGAUAACUUCCGUAAACAGUAUUAUCGAUCGUGUGAAUAAUCCUUCUGUUGUGGAAGUGUUGAGAACCGUUGUAACCGACUUGAUUAGAGCUAGGGAUUUUAUUCGACCAGUCCUUAACAAGUUAUGGGAAGUUAUGCCGCCUGCCUAGUUGCUUUGAAGAACCGGCAUUUUCUAUUAUUUUCAGAAGUGAUCGGAGUUGUCUGAAUGCCAACUUUGAUAAAGCCAACACCAGGAGAGACAUAGAUAUAUAACGCUUGAAUGUAUUCUAAUUAUUUAGUAUUUGAAAUAAACAUUAUCAGCAUCCAAUUAA